AUGACCUCGCGGACCCCCAUGGGCGCCCAUCCGCGGCCGCCUCAGCGUUCCGUGAGCUCAUCGUCGUUACCUGUCCAGCGCCCCCCUCCACAACGAACGCUAUCACACCAGCAGCAAUUUGUACCCGCCUCGCCAGUUCGAAAAGACUCUUCAUUUAUCGAUCUUACCGCCGACGCCGGCGAUGUCACCCCUAACCGUUAUAAUACAACACCGAGAAGAGGCGGUUCACGUCUCCGUCUUGAGUUAUCCCAUAAUGCUUCGACCGGCCCCUUACCUACGUCCGAAUCACCACAGUCUCUGACACCUUCACGAAUACCUGCCGACCCCUUUCAAACCAUGGUCGGAAGUCCAGUUCCCAUCAAUAGCGCCAACUCAACUUCGAUGCCGAUGCCGACACGCCGACCCGUAACUUCACAAUUGAGAUCGGCUCCUCCCAUCACCACGACGACUGCGCCUGCACUAGCCAAGAAAGACACCCGACCAAAGCCGUAUACAGUUGAAGUUCCUUCCGCUGCGCCAAGGUAUUUCGCAGCAAAUCGACCUGAAACUACCCCUCGGAAUCUUGUUGAUCCCUUCAGCAAAGGUCUUAACUCCGGAUAUGCUGACUUCUUCCCCUGGAAUGGGGCGCAUUAUGAAGAUGAGUGGAGCAGCGAAGCCAUCACAAAGGGAACCUGGGACAAGGUGAACUUGAAUGUUCCCGAAACCUCAUCUGCUAAACUUGCCAUCUUCCCAGCUUUGAAGCAGAAGACUGGCCUGAAUGCUCUUUCCACGAUUUUCAUGGGUGUUCUGACUCAGCGUAGACAUCGAGGUCAGAUCAAUGCACCCUCGACUUUCAAACCACCGCCGCGAGUCACACUCACGGAUACGAAGAGAGAAGUCUGGCUCAAGGACCUUGCCAAUCCCGUCAUAUCUCUACGACGUCUCAGCCGAACGAUUCCUCAUGGCAUUCGUGGCAGAACCCUGCUCGAUCAAUGCUUGAACAAGAACGUUCCUGCUGAGCGAGCUGUGUGGCUGGCAAAAUGUGUCGGUGCCAACGAAAUCAGAGGACUCAAGCGAAAGGGCGUCAACGGUGCCUUUGUUAUGGGUGGUGAGCUAAAGUGGGCUCGUGAUUGGACCGUCUUUGUCGAGCAGUUCGUUGAUGCUGUUGUAACUGGCUUUAGCGAAAAGGACUGGAAAAAUAGGGUUACGUAUGCGAUUCGUCUAGCAACAAACCUUUAUUCUGAACAGUUGCUGGAUCGAGACCAUUAUCUUGAUUGGAUCGUUUCUGGAAUCGAGAAUAGCCUCCAGUCAAGAAUCCCAAUGUGGCUGCUAAUAGCUCAGAUAUAUUGGAAAGAUCUCCUCAGGUUUCGCAAGUACGGCCGGCGGCUUGUCUUUGCUCUGCUAAGCCAUUUGCAUGUAAUAUAUAACGAUCCUGAUCAGGAUCUUCUUGUGCAACUGUCAAAUAGACUAUCAACCUUACUCAGCUCAUUGGUGCUGUCCAACCCAGAGAGCUUCAUUAAUCCCGGUGCUUGGCCACGAUACAAAAACACGCUUCAGGCCUUCUUACGUACUGACCAUGAGCCGACUCAAAAGUCUCUACAUAUAAUUAACUCGCGAAACUCGCGACUGGUUGUGUCCAGUACCGCUUCCCCUCCUGCUGGUAGGAGUCAGCUGGUGAAAUUGCUUGAUGCCGCUCUCAAGGAAUCUGGUGAUGAUCAUCUGGCAGCGACAUGUUGGGCCACCAGUGAAAACAAGCCCCUGAUAAUGAAGACAGUCGUUGAGUGGGCUACUUCCUUCCACCGCCCCGGGUUGGCGAAAGUUUAUGCUGCGGCUCGAUUAAUUCGACAAUGGAGUCAAUUCCGCGUGAAUCCCACAACACCAAUACUCGAGACACUCGAUAGUAUUUCCAUCGAAGACAAGACGCGAAAGAACUUGAUCUACCAUUUGGUCACCGAACUGAUUCGAACUGGCCAUUUCUCUGUCUCUCAGUACAUGCAGUGGACUAUCUCACGCGGUGGCUACCACAGCGGAGCGGAAAUCGACGCCGAUUCAGGCCCGUGUUCUAGCAGAUUGCUAGUUGAGCUGCCUCUCCAUGCUUUGUCUGAGAAAAAGAGGGCCGAAAGAGGAAAUCUGCUUAGACGCGCUGGAAACUAUUCGAUCGACGAAGAAGAGCAAGAUAUCGCCAACGCGAUUAAGUUUGUUAGGCACACUGUGGGACUUCCUUUGCCGCCAGGUGAUCCGCUGUUAGAACGAAAACCCGUCUCUCUCAAGAGACUACUUCCAAGAAUAAGUAGCAGCAGCGGCGCUCUCAGGAGCAGCAUUGGUGCACAUCUUCGCGAUGUGCUAACCAGUCAGUUCAACCACAAUAGCCAACCCUCUCUGCCUCUGACCAUGUACAACUCGAUUCGAGCUAUCAUGGAAACAGCCGAAGACUAUUCCAUGCUGUCAGAUAUCCUUGGGGCGUGCUCAAAGACCGCCGAUUACGAUGUGCUAGCGUCUGUUGCCGAUACCGUUCACUCGAAUCUUCAAAUCUUUUUGGCCCUGGGCAGUGCAAACGACCUGUUCAAUGUCCUGAUUGAACGUCUCAAGUCGAUGAACGAAGAGCAGGGAAUCGUGCCACGGCCAUUACUCGCUUCCCUUUCAAGCCUCGCUCAGCGCAUGGCUGGUCAUGAAGUCGUCGCUUCCCACCUACGACAAGAGUUGCUCCUAAGUGACCGCAGCAAUGCUGUCGAUGCUUGCUCUCCAGUAUCUGAUAUUGUGGCAGCUCCUACUCAGCAUGCCGAAAACGAACUGGCAGAAGAUGUUGAGAAACAACUGUCUAGUGGAACGCGGUUAGAUCCCCCAACCAUGAACAAAUUGUUCAGGAGGAUUAUACCUGCACUUGAGCGAGGCUGGGAGAAGAUGGACGAUACACGCCGAGUGUUUGCAACAUUGCUAACCAGGAUACGGGUUUUUGAUGCUCAUCAUUUCGAUAAACUUAUGACAGACUGGACAAGUCACGUUCGAUCUCUCCCAAAUCGUUCUGCUCUUGUGAGUCUGUUCCCUCUUCUGGUCAGUACAGGUUGCCUCACGAUGCCGAUUCUCAUGAGUACCGCGAGUCCGCCAUCAGCAAGUUUCCAGAAUUUAUCUUCGAAUCCCUCAGGGAACAAGUUUGGUCCGGCAACAUACCUACAGGAACUCCUGCAGCUCACUAUCAUGCCAUUACCCUCAGGAACGGGACUUUCUGCUGAGGAAAACUAUCGGUUCCAUACUGAGCAAAAGUGCGCGAAGUUCGAGCAGUCGAAGGGACUCUUAAACUUGGUUCGCAACGCCCUCUUGGAGUACUCAGGCUUGAGAAAUCAUGCCAACAGUCCUGAGUUCCCACUUGACAAUCCCGCGUGCCAAGAGAGUCUUCUCGAAACCCUGCGAACUCUUGUACUAGUUGACUCGUCUGCCGUCUCCAAUGCUCUUGGUAUCAAGUCGCUACCAGCUGAGGCCGUGGGUCUUGUACGCAAGGUGACGACCAAGCUCCUUAUCCCUGGCGAUUCUGGCGAUACUCAAAUCUCGUUCGAUCAUAUCUUGCAAAUUGCUAACGAGCUGACUCUGCCAUUUUGUCAACUCAAGCUGAAUUUGGACUUGUCUUUGCCACAGCCCAACGCAAAUGAAGGAGACCAGGGCUCUUCCCGCUUUGAGAUAUUUGCCAAGGCUAUGGACCGAGCCAUUGAAGCGGGCAAUAUUAUGUGGACCAGUCUCCUACCUUGUUUGAGCGAUGACAUCACCCAGCACCUCAAGAGCCAGGCUCAAUCUGUAUUUCUCGAGUUUAUCCCUUCAUCCAAGGCGCCAGAAUGUGCCGAUACUGGGUCAAGACAAUCACUGCGCAUGGCUGAGAACUUACUGGAAGUAGUAGAAGCCAUCAUCUCUGGGCAACCUCCUCCGAUGAUGGCACAGCUAUCUUUGGGGAUGGUUGAGAAACUGACAGAUCUAUGGGAAAUCAUUGCAGCGGGACCCCACGAACGUCCCAACUGCUACACCGCUGUACUGCAACACUGGCUGCCUGCUAUGCUUCGUUUUGUUACCCUCCACAGCUUAUCAUCUGAACCCCCUUCGGCACCACUUCCGACGGCAUCGGCAACACGACCUCCUAUCCCACCUGUUCACGACACUCGUGCCCGCAUUAUCCUUGUUCUCUGCGGCUUGCUGCUCGAGCUUGAUACAAUAUCGCCUGCUAUUGCCGGUUCACUCCCUCAACAGGUCUUCGAUAUCGCAAUCUUACUUGUGGAUGCGCUACCAGAAGAUUUGCGAGCCAAUUGUGCCAAGGCCAUCUUGCUUACCUCCGGCGGACUACCCAGCCAAGGGACUUCUUCUGACCCUCGGCUCUACUACCUGUUCAGCUCGCCGCCGCCGUCACUCUCAGACAAUCUCAUGCUCUCCCACCGGGAAAAAGCAGCAAACCCGCAAAGUGCUGUGGCUCGUGGCAUGGGUGCUCAAUACGGUAUCGGUCCCGCCGUUCAGGAACGUCUCACCCCUUUUGUUCUCCGUCGUUGGGAGGUGCUUAGUGAGCCAACUCCCAAUGUCGGCGAGAAUGAUACAAGUCUGAGCUUGGGUCUUUUUGAGGCUAUCAAACUUCAGUAG